AAGCGAAGCUCGGGGCUCGGUUGCGGCGGGGCCGCGGCGCGGCGCGGGGCCAGGCGGCCAUGAGCUCGCAGCAGUUCCCCCGCUCGGGAGCGCCGCCCGCAGCCCUGGGACCAGCGCCGCCGCCCAGCCCCGCCAGCGGCCCCGCGGGGCUCGUCGGGACCCCGGGCACAGCGGGCGAUGAGCCCGGCCGCGACGCGGAAGCCGCCCCCAGGGAGCACCUGGGCGCCGGGGCGCCGCUGCCCGCCCGGGAGGAGAAGCAGGAGCCGGUGGUGGUGCGGCCCUACCCGCAGGUGCAGAUGCUGGCGCAGCACCACCCGGUCCCGCCCGGAGCCCCGGUGACCGUCACGGCGCCGCCAGCGCACCUGAGCCCCGCCGUGCCCCUUUCCUUCUCCGACGGGCUCAUGAAGCCUCCCUUGAAGCCCACCAUGCCCAGCCGGCCCAUUGCUCCUGCUCCACCCUCCACUCUCUCGGCUCCCACAAAGGUUCCUGGACAAGUCACUGUCACCAUGGAAAGCAACAUCCCACAGGCUCCGACAAUUCCUGUGGCAACAAUCAGUGGACAACAGGGCCAUCCCAGUAACUUGCACCAUAUCAUGGCUACCAAUGUACAGAUGUCUAUCAUCAGAAGUAGUGCUCCUGGGCCUCCGCUACACAUUGGAGCUUCUCACCUGCCCCGAGGUGCAGCGGCUGCUGCAGUGAUGUCGAGUUCUAAAGUAACUACAGUCCUGAGGCCAGCUUCACAGUUGCCAAACGCAGCUACAGCUCAGCCAGCGGUUCAGCACAUCAUUCAUCAACCAAUCCAGUCUCGUCCGCCUGUGACGACUUCAAGCACUAUUCCUCCUGCUGUGGUGGCAACUGUCUCAGCCACAAGAGCUCAGUCCCCUGUCAUAACUACAACAGCAGCACAUGCUACAGAGUCAACCCUCAGCCGACCCACGCUGUCUAUCCAGCAGCACCCGCCUUCUGCAGCUAUCAGUAUUCAGCGGCCCGCGCAGCCGCGGGACACGGCGACUCGCAUUACGCUACCGUCUCACCCGGCUAUCGGAACGCAGAAGCCACAGCUCCACACCAUGGCCCAGAAAACCAUUUUCAGUACUGGUACUCCAGUGGCAGCAGCAACAGUGGCACCUAUUUUAGCAACAAAUACCAUUGCUUCAGCAACCACGGCUGGUUCUGUUUCUCACACCCAAGCACCUACAAGCACCAUUGUCACCAUGACAAUGCCCUCCCAUUCUUCCCAUGCUACAGCUGUCACAACCUCAAACAUCCCAGUUGCUAAAGUGGUUCCUCAGCAAAUCACACAUACUUCUCCCCGCAUCCAGUCUGACUAUACAGCAGAAAGGAGUAACCUCAUACCCCUCUCUAGUCACCGGGCAUCUCCAAACCCAGUGGCAAUGGAAACCAGGAAUGACAACAGGCAGUCGGUGCCUGUCCAGUUCCAGUACUUCUUACCAACGUACCCACCCUCUGCCUAUCCUCUGACUGCGCACACCUAUACCCCCAUCACCAGCUCCGUGUCCACCAUUCGCCAGUAUCCAGUGUCCGCCCAGGCGCCCAACUCGGCCAUCACAGCUCAGACUGGCGUCGGGGUGGCCUCCACCGUGCACCUCAACCCCAUGCAGCUGAUGACCGUGGAUGCGUCUCACGCCCGGCACAUCCAGGGCAUCCAGCCGGCGCCAAUCGGCGCCCAAGGGAUCCAGCCAGCACCGAUCGGCGCACAGGGGAUCCAGCCGGCACCGAUCGGCACGCAGGGGCUGCACCCAGCUGCACCGAUCGGCACGCAGGGACUGCAGCCAGCACCAAUCGGCGCCCAGCAGCCCCAGGCCGACCCCAAGACCUCGGCAGUAGUCUUGGCGGAUGGAGCCACCAUUGUAGCCAAUCCUAUUAGCAACACAUUCAAUACAGCUUCUGCAGCAACUACAGUUGUUCAAACCCACAGCCAGAGUGCCAGUGCCAGUGCCCCAGCCCAGGGCUCUUCCCCACGCCCAAGCAUCCUCCGGAAGAAACCAACUACAGAUGGGCUGGCAGUCCGGAAAAGCUUAAUUCCACCUCAGCCACCUGAAGUAGCUAGCACGCGUGUGGAGAAUACUAUGCGGAGCACAUCUGGAUCACCAAGGCCUGCUGGUGCCAAGCCCAAACCCGAAAUUCACGUGUCCAUGGCCGCUCCGGUCACGGUGUCUAUGGAGGCAGUGUCUAACCAGGGCAGCGAGCAGCCCACCAUUGCAGUGCCCCCUUCCUCCCAGCAGCCCCCCUCAGCCAUCCCAACGAUCAUCGCAGCAGCCAGCCCCACCGCACAGCCCGCAGCAGCUCUGUCCACCAUUCCAGGAGCCGUCCCAGCUGCUCCACCGACUUCUACCACAAUUGUGGCUGCACCUGCUCCUCCAUCCACCAUGAGCGGUGCCCUUUCAGCAGUCCUGGGGCCUGCAGUACCGGAGAUAAAAAUCAAAGAGGAAGUAGAACCCAUGGACAUUAUGCGACCAGUAUCUGCAGUCCCUCCUUUGAGUACAAGUACUGUCUCUCCGUCUUUGGCAUUGCUGGCCAACAACCUUUCAAUGCCUCCAAGCGAUUUGCCACCUGGUGCCUCCCCAAGGAAGAAACCCCGCAAGCAGCAGCAUGUCAUCUCCACAGAGGAAGGGGACAUGAUGGAAACAAAUAGUACUGAUGAUGAGAAAUCCACUGCCAAAAGUUUGCUGGUGAAGGCAGAGAAGCGCAAGUCUCCUCCAAAGGAAUAUAUAGAUGAGGAGGGUGUGAGGUACGUCCCUGUGCGCCCAAGGCCACCUAUCACACUGCUUCGUCAUUACCGCAAUCCCUGGAAAGCUGCUUACCACCACUUCCAGAGAUACAGCGAUGUCCGCGUGAAAGAAGAGAAGAAAGCAAUGCUACAGGAGAUUGCCAAUCAGAAGGGUGUAUCCUGUCGUGCACAAGGGUGGAAGGUCCAUCUCUGUGCGGCACAGCUGCUACAGCUGACCAACCUGGAGCAUGACGUGUAUGAGAGACUGACUGCCCUACAGGAGGGACUCAUUCCUAAGAAAAAGGCAGCGACUGAUGAUGACUUGCAUCGAAUCAAUGAACUCAUACAGGGGAAUAUGCAGAGGUGUAAACUUGUGAUGGAUCAAAUCAAUGAGGCUCGAGACUCGAUGCUGAAGGUCUUGGAUCACAAGGAUCGUGUUCUGAAGCUUCUAAACAAGAAUGGAACUGUCAAGAAGGUAUCCAAAUUAAAGCGAAAGGAGAAGGUCUAAAGCCGGAAUAAUGACUCUGGAAAUGGAGAACGUGUACAGAAUGGAGUUGGAACCUUUUGUAGUUUGGGUUUAUUUCUAAGAAGAGCAGAAGAGCAUCUGAAUAAAACGGAUGAGUUUAGGGAACAGCUGGCAACAGGUGGACACGUGAAGCCAGGUGACCUGAAGGGAUUGUCAGUGAUCUGUCAUAAUGAACAACACUUUCUCUCAGGCUCAUCCUUUUUUUUUUUUUUUUUUUUUUUUUUUAGUCUUUGCGGUCCCAUUUGUUUAACCCUCCUGAUGUGUCAGUGCCUACUAAUUGGAACUAGUGCUGCAGUGUGUGGUGGACAGUGCUGUCCUUCUGUGCUGCAACUUAGGGGUUAAAUAUCCACCGGGUGUGUGAACAGCUGUAGUAGAUUCCGCAGGAGACAUCAAGAAGAACCGAACCCAGACAGCCGUGCUCUGAAGCGCUGAGAGUGACAGUGCUUUCAGUGACCCCAUUCAGUUCUUGUUCUUCUGACCUUCCAGUGUCCAAAGUAGCCUUCUUAAGCCAGUGCCACCGCGCUGGGAGAUCUGCCACGUUCAGAAUCUCCCAUGGUUCACAAGUCCUAGCUGUCAAUUUGAGAAACAAAGAGGAAAAAAAAAAUGGGGGGGAAAUCAUUUCAAAGUGAUUUUUGUAGUGUCUGUGUGUGUGUGUCUAUGUUGGUGUUCUGGGAUACUUGUUCUGAAGUACCUCUUGCGGCAGAGU